AUGUUGUGGAGGAGGUCGUGUGGCUUCGUGCCACGCGGCGCUUGUGCAAGAGGGCUAUUCAGCUCGUUGCGUCAGAGCUCGACCCCUGCCAGCUUUGCGAAGGUGCCCAAGGCGACGUGUGGCUGCUGGCUGCCAUCGCGAUCCUUGGCGAACAAAGGGGUGCGUUGCAGCAGCUCUUUGACAGUACGGAGUUCAACCCAAGAGGCAGGUACGUUGUCAAGCUUUUCGACGGAAUUGAGGGGCGAUGGCGCAGGCUGGACGCCUAGGACCGGAUACCUUGCCAGAGGGCGGCAUACGAGAACAGCAAGCUUUUUAGGCCUAUCGGUCUCCAGACGCAGGACUUCUUGGCCGAGGGUGAAGGGUUCCGUUUUCAGGGUUUGA